UCCACUAUUUUUCAUUGUAAAUCUAAAAAGCUGCCUCAUCAUGUCUAACGAGCAACCGAAAAAUGCUGCUGUCGAGGAACGAAAAGUCGAAAGACGCCAAAGCAUAACGAGUCAAUUGAGCAUACAAGAAAUCACGGACAAACUCAAGAAAAUGGAUAUAAAUAGUUUUGCGACACGAAAGUCGUUAGCACAAGGGAUGUUGGAUUUGGCCUUACUGACAGCAAAUGCGGCCCAGUUGAAGUAUAUCCUAACCCUCGGACCAAGAUAUCAAUUUUAUCAGUUGUUAUUGGUACUGAUUGCGGCGUCGAUCGGUCUUCAGGUAUUGCAAGCUAUUAUCAUACUGGUGUUGGGAAUAUUGUUCGACAUAAAUAAGCCGGAACAGCAGCGCCGUGCCGAGAAGAUAAAUAAUGUAUUGGUGUCGAUUACGGUGCUAACUGUCGUCAUAAAUGUGAUCAUCAGCGCGUUCGAUAUCAAAGACGCCACCAAUUAUAUUCAGCUGAAGACGUCGGAUGAAGACACGUCGCACUGACCGCCAGUAAUCCACGAGUCGAAAUAAAGUUC